AGCCCCGCUCGGCUCGGCGCGGGCCGCAGGCCGCGGGCGGGCCCAUGGCGGCCUCGGCGCCGCAGCCGGGCGCGAGGCCUCGGCCGCGGCGGGCGCCGGGCCUCUGCCGGCGCGCGGCCAGCCGCGGAGGGCGGCGGCAGCGAGGUCCCCAUGGUCCAGCGCGGCGCGAGGCCCACGCUCCGCAGCUGCCUGCUGCCGCUCGCGGCGGCGGCGCUGGGCGGCCUGGCGUGCCUCGGCGUCUGGCGCGCCCCGGGCCCGGGCGACCCGCAGCUCGACGCGGGGGCUCCAGCCGGUGAGCUCGGAGUCCAUCCGGAGCUCGCGCGGCUGCCGCCGCGGGUCGAAGGUGGUGCGCUCGCGGGCGCGCGGCUGCCCGCCGCAGACGGCGCGGACCCGCGCGGCGGGCCCGCGGCGCGGCUCCGGGCGGAGGUGGUCAACCUCAGCGUGGAGCGGCUGGCGUGGCUGCACAUCCCGAAGACAGGAACGUCCUUCGUGAACGUCUUGGUCACGUGGGCGUGCCCGGGCCUGGGGGACGGCGAGUACUUCGACGGCCCCCCCGACCUGGUCUGGAAGCGCUGGAUCGACAAGAACAGAGAGAAGUGCCGUCCCGGCCUCCAUCUCGGCUGCGGCCACGACGAGAUCCACGUAUCCGGCAGGGCGUGCAACAGCUGGCAGAGGCAGAAGGGCAGUUUCGUGACGUUCCUGCGGCAGCCCGAGCAGCGGCUGAUGUCUGGUUUCUACAACUCGAAGUGGGGUGUGAAGAACAAGAGCUUAUCCCUGGCCGAGUACGUCCCUCUGUUGGCGAGCUGCCAGACCCGGAUGUUUGCAGGCCACCGGUGCGAGUCCACGAAACGCGUCACGGAUGCCGACGUUGACCUGGCCAUCGAGCGGCUCGAUACAGGGUUUGCAUUCGUUGGCAUCACAGAGGAGUGGCCGCUUUCCGUGUGCCUAUUUCAUGCGAUGUUCGGGGGAAGUUGCCACGUGCGCGAGUUGUGGGCUUGGCACAGCCAGCUGCGCCCGUACAACGUUUCGGAGCUCGACGGGUUCGAGGACGUCUACGACGGUCGCAUAUACGCACACGGCCUGGGCAUAUUCAGGAAGGCACUAAAAGACUACGGCGUCGAUCAGGAAACUUGCGACGCCAGAAUUUGCAGGGUGCCAAAAUGCCACCUGAAGUCUCCGCCGCGUCAGAACAUGAUGGUGAAGUGCGAGCCCGGAUGAGUUGCGAGAGCCUGGAGUUCUUGGCCGCUGGAGUCCUCGGCCGCGGGCAAAAUCGGUGUUU